AUGUAUGAGGCUUUGAUUAAAGUCAGUCAAGUAUUGUUGAUAUCGUCUAUACUCUAUUUAAUAUUGUUACAUAAAAAUGUUCGAUGUCAAAAUGCAGUAAACGAUUCUCUUCUAUUACUUAAUAAAACAUCAUUCUCCAUAUUAUUACAAAAUAGUCUCAAACAUCCCUAUUCUUUGUACGAUAUAUCAACACUAAAUUGGAGUAAAAAAAAAUAUUCAAAAUGGGAAAAAAAACGUCAAAAAUUGAAAAAAUAUUGUAAAAAUUAUCAUCAUAAACUAACGUUUUAUCAAUGUUUAUUAAUGUAUGAAUUUUGGUUACAAAUCGAUAAACAUUUGAUGACAAAUACAUGUCCUAUUGGUAUCUUUGAAUCUUAUUGUACAUUUUCACAAGUGAGAGUAACCAAAGCCGAUACACAACGUCAAAUAUGUGAAAAAAUUCAACUGACCAAUGAUUGUUUACUCAAAUUAUAUCAGAAUAAUAUUUGUAAAAAAAUAAGUCCAAUGUCAAACAAAUAUAAACGAUUCUUUCAACGUGAAUUUCCACAUUGUUCAAUUACUGAACACGAUAGUUGA